AAGCUUCAAGGCUGCGGCACAAAAGGUGGCCGAUCUGGAACGCAAAAAGGAGGAGAUCCAGCGGAAGCUCGAGAUGGUUUCGAACAGGGCAAACGCCGCCGUAGCAUCGAACGCCCUCGCCAACAUGUCGGGGAUGAUUCCGCGUGUAUCUAUAAACUCAGAGAUGCAAAUAGGGCAAGCGUCAACCAAUAACUACAGGAGAAACGAUGACUUUUUCYCACUUCCUGGUGCCGGCGAAGGAGAUAGUCUAAUGUUUGGCGGGCAGACAUUUGUCUUCGCAGACAAUAAUCAGAACCAGCAACAGCAGCAGCAUCACCAAUCACCCAGGCAUCGUGUUGCUCGUCGGUAUAGCCUCGAACCAAAGGGACCCGAGAGUGAUGAGUAUGUUCUGACCGAACUUGAACAAGGAAUGCACGGUAACAACAUAGGCAUGAAAACUUCGGAAGAGGACUUUCUCAUGCCAACGCCACUACCGCCAAACAUGGACGUGAUAAAGGUUACCACMAAAUUUCCCAACAGCACCCCCGCUCCUUUGGUAAUCGGUCUCGACAAGCCCAAGCGACGAUUCAGUUUCCUUUCCACCCCCGUUGAAAAUCCUUUGGACAGGCCCUACGAGAUACAGCCUCGCCCAAGUCUUGCGACGAACAACAGCAUGAUGAACAGGUCGAUKAUGAACAGUUUCGACAACCAGAAUGGCAUGAUGAUGAUGAACUCGAAUUAUGAAAAUGAUUUCAAUCGCAGCACGAGCAAUGCCCGAGACAUUCYUCUUUCAACGAACCCAUCGAAUCGAAUAUCAUUCAACUAGCACCACAUUUUGGGUCGGGAAGAACUAUACAUCAUGUUCUAUACUACUGUGCUACAUUUUAUUUUUCUACAUGCGCAAGCUYGGGGGGAGGGGAAGUGGAAGGGGUGUUCCUUAGUCUAAAGUCCAUAAUACCGUUGUACUGUCUAAAAUCAAAUAUUGUAACGUAA